AUGAUCAGUAAGGGCACAGGCUGCUGCGAAUGCUGCAUGAGCUAUUUCUUUGACUAUGAAACAACCAAAACACUGGUUAUUCAAAAUAAAGGAGUAGGAUUUGCCUUCCGAUGUAUCCAGCUUCUUGUCCUUGUUUAUGUGGUUGGGUAUGUAUGUAUAGUUCAGAAAGCCUACCAGGACACAGACUCCGUCAUCAGUACAGUCACCACCAAAGUAAAAGGCUAUGCCCUCAUCAACAUGUCUGACCUGGAUCACCGUUUUUGGGAUGCUCCUGACUCUGUAAUUCCCCCACAGGGUGAUCACUCAUUCUUUGUAUUGACAAAUAUCAUUGUGACACCCCAUCAAACUCAGUCACGUUGUCCAGAGCUUCCAAACCCAUCCACUAUUUGCACUGAUGACAGUCACUGCACAGAGGGGAAACAAGAUCCUCGAGGCAGUGGUAUUCAGACAGGACUAUGUGUGAACUACUCAGACACUGUCCAGACCUGCGAGGUGUUAUCUUGGUGUCCUCUUGAAGUAGACACUAAUCUACCUGAACAUGCGGUGCUGGGUGCAGCAGAGGACUUCACGGUGUUGAUCAAAAACAGUGUGACGUACCCAAAGUUCGACGUUCACAGAAGGAACAUCAUGCCAUACAUUAACUCCUCGUACUUAAGAAAGUGUGAAUUCAAUUUUACAACGGACCCAGACUGUCCCAUUUUCCGCCUUAAGCACAUGGUUUCAGAAGCUGGAGAGGACUUUCAAACCAUGGCCGUCAAGGGUGGCAUUCUUGGUAUUCUUAUUGACUGGAGCUGCGACCUGGAUUGGUGGGCACGCAAAUGUUACCCCAAAUACAGCUUUCGAAGACUGGACAACAAAAAUUCGGACAAUAACGUGGCUCCUGGAUACAACUUUAGGUUUGCAAGAUACUACCUAAAUCCAGAUGGUGUGGAAACACGAACUUUGAUGAAAGGAUAUGGAAUCCGGUUUGAAGUCAUUGUUUUUGGAAUUGCAGGUAAAUUUAGCAUUGUGCCAACCAUCGUAAACUUGGGUGCAGCACUUUCGUUCCUCAGUUUGGUGCCUGCAGUUUCUGACUGGUUUAUGCUGACAUUCGUAAGAAAAAGGGAUUUUUACAGUAAAUACAAAACCACAUACCUGAGGGAUGAUGACAGUACUGAAUCAAUGGCCAUGAGCACCAGCUAUGGAACCCAGUAG